AUGCGCCGCCCCUUCGAUUUUGGCAAUUUAAAUAAACAACAAAAUAUUGUAGAACAAUUAACUAACGAACAAAUUGAUCAUUUUACCGCGUUAGUUAAUAGUUGUGAACAAGUAAGGCGGUGUUUGGCAUGCGCAGAUAGGCUAAAACUGGAUGAGAUUGAAGGAGAUGGGUGUUAUGAUAAUGCAAUUUUUCAUCUUGUUUGGAGUCCAUCAGCUUGCCCAACAGAUGAUUGCCUUAAACCUUUAAUUAAAUUGUUGGAUGGAGAAUUGUCUAUUGUUCAUCGUUGCCUUUUACAUAGAAAUUUUACACGUGUAAUGUAUUCACAAGUUCAUUUACUGCUCAAACUCUUCCAAGAAUGCGUUAAUGAAAAUAUAGGACAAGAACCUGUAUUUUAUCGUCGUUUAACUGAUGCACUUGCUAUUCUAUUAGAUUUUUUUCAUGCUGAUGGAAAAGGAAUUUCUGUUGAAUCAUUCGCUCAAUCACUCGAUUACAGACAAUUUCAUGAACAAAUAUCUAUCUAUCAAAUGUCUACAGAAAACUUGAUAGAAUUGUAUUAUAGUGAAUUAAUUAAAGCACAAGAGGAAGUAACAGAAUGUAAAUAUGGAAUACUCAAUCUACGUGCUUAUUUUAAUCCAAAUUCUCAACUUUUAGUAAUUGAAGUUUUAAGUGCCAAACAAAUAAUUCCACUAGAUUCUAAUGGUUUAAGUGACCCGUAUGUUGUUAUUGAAUUAUUACCUAAAGUGCACUUUCCUGAUAUUAAUAAUGCAAAAACUAAGGUUGUCAGUUCUUGCCUAAAUCCAGUUUUUGGAGAAACUUUUGAAUUUAAUGUUCCAUCAUUUCUACCCCCUUGUGCACUUGCCCAUUUUGUUAUUAUGGAUCAUGAUUUUCUCAAAUCUAAUGAUUUUGCUGGUGAGGCCUUUCUCGAUUUAAGACAAGUCCCUGGUUUUGCUACAGAUAAAAUAUCAUCAAGUGGUCAAUCAAAUUUAAACAGUCGGAAUGAACAAAUAAAUAGAAAUACUAGACAAAUUAAAGCUAACAAUUCAUCUUCCGUUACCAACAACCCCCUUUCACGUACUGGAAGCACUCUCCCUUUACAAUUUAAUUUGGUACUAACUCAUCCUUCUUCUAGAGUAACUAAUCCAACAAUUAUGGCUGUAUUAGCUUCUAGAAAAGAGGAUAAGGAAGCUGACGAAUUUAUUCGUUCUCUAUCUGCUACUUAUUAA